UCAAUGAGUUUCUUCUGUUUAAAAGAUGGAAGCCGUAGAAACAUUACAUAAUCUAUUGAUCCGCAAACACACACAAAAUAACAAAAGAAAAUGGUUGGAAGGCAUUGUUAUUCUUAUUUCUUCUUCUUGAUUUCCCUCUUACUUGGCACUCUUGCUUCUCCUACACUUAGCUAUUGCCGCCACGACCAGAGGGAUGCUCUUUUGAAAUUUAGAGAUGAGUUUCCGAUUCUUCGGCAUAACCCAGAUGCUAAUGAUACAUCUUUAAGCUCAUGGAACAAGAGCAGUGAUUGUUGUUCUUGGGUGGAGGUCAAGUGCGAUGACAAAUCUGGUGAGGUGAUUUCACUUGAACUUCCUUCCAUCUCUCUUAAUAGCACUCUGAAACCAAAUAGCGCUCUUUUCAAACUCCAACGUUUAUCUAAGUUAUCCCUUUACAAUAGCAGUCUCUAUGGAGAAAUUCCGUCUUCUUUUAGAAACCUUUCUCGUCUCGAAGUUCUUGACCUUUCCCAUAAUGCUUUAGUAGGCCAAAUUCCAGAGUCAUUAGGAAAUCUUUCCCAUCUUACAUAUCUUGACCUUUCAAAUAAUAGAUUAGUAGGUCAAGUUCCAGCUUCAGUUGGAAAGCUUUCUAGUCUCGAGUGGGUUGUGCUCUCGGAUAAUCACUUAGUUGGUAAUAUUCUAGCUUCAUUAGGAAACCUAACACAACUAUAUUACUUGAACCUCGGCCACAACAAAUUCAGUGGAAAUAUUCCAGUUUCCUUUGUCAACUUAACAAAACUUGCCGAAGUCCACCUCAACAAUAAUUACUUUGAAUCCACUCUUCCAGUUGACAUGAGUGGAUUCCAAGGUUUGGAUUAUUUUGAUGUGCGUGAAAACUCUUUUUCUGGGUCUUUUCCUACGUCUUUAUUCACAGUUCCUAAUUUAAUGAAGGUUUUCUUGGGGGAAAACCAAUUCACAGGAACAGGACCUAUAGAGUUUAGGAAUAUAUCUUUAUUGCCGUCUUCUAUAGUUUUAUACCUUGAUCAUAACAAAUUCGAUGGCCCAGUUCCCAGAACUAUAUAUAAAUUUCUUGAUAUAGAUUUUAGUUAUAACUCUUUUAGCAGCUUUGAAAAAUCACCAUCCAAAGUGUUAGAUGAAAGCCCACAAAUCACACAGUUGGAUCUUAGCUCAAACUCAUUCCAAGGACCAUUGCCACAAUGGAUUUGCAACCUUAGGUCGUUAGAGUUCCUAGAUUUGUCAAACAACAGAUUUAGUGGCUCAAUUCCUCAAUGUUUAAGGGAUCUAACUGUUUCACUUGAAGAGUUGCUAAUGAGUAAUAACAAUCUCAGUGGGACUCUCCCAGACAUAUUUGUCAAUGCUCCCAACUUUAAAGUACUAGAUGUCAGCCACAACCGGUUGGAAGGAAAACUUCCAAAAUCACUGAUCAAUUGCAGUUUAUUGCAAAUGGUGAAUGUGCGAAGCAACAAACUUAAGGACGAGUAUCCGUUUUGGUUGGGUUCCCUACAGUCGCUAAACGUCCUCAUCCUCCGAUCAAACCAAUUCUACGGGCAGUUGUAUCAUUCUCAUGCGUCCAUUGGGUUUCAGAAUUUAAGAGUCAUCGAUAUAUCACACAAUAGCUUCACUGGAUCCUUGCCGUCUUUCUAUUUUUCUUCUUGGCAUAACAUGGUGACAUCCGUGCAACAAGCAUAUGACGAUGAGACCUUAGGCAGCCCAAGGUUCGGUAUCGACUAUCAUAAUUCGAUGGAAAUGGUGCAUAAAGGAGUCGAUACAGAAUUUGAGAGGAUCAGAAGAGACUUCAGAGCCAUUGACUUUUCAAGAAAUGCUUUCUUUGGAAAUAUUCCCGAAUCUAUUGGUUUGUUGAAGGAGUUGCGUGUUCUCAACUUGUCCGGUAACCAGUUCACGAAUAAUAUCCCACAGUCAUUGGCAAAUCUGAAAAAUCUUGAAGCACUAGACGUGUCCCGGAACAAGCUGUCUGGCCAGAUUCCUAGAGAUCUUGGUAGCCUCUCUUUUUUAUCCGUCAUGGACUUCUCCCACAACAAUCUCCAAGGUCCAAUACCACUCGGAACACAAUUUCAAAGGCAAAAAUGUUCUUCGUUCAUGGACAACCCAAGACUCUAUGGUCUUAAUGAGAUAUGUGGUGAAACUCAUGUUUCGAAUCCUAUACAACAAGAAUCGGAUGAUUUGUCCGAGCCGAAAGAACAAGUGGUUAAUUGGAUAGCAGCAGCGAUAGCAUAUGGACCUGGUGUGUUCUGCGGAAUGGUGAUUGGACAUAUCUUCUUUCCACACGGACAUGAGUGGUUCAUGGAAAAGUUCCAUUGAAACAAGCCCAAUAUACUCGCUAGAAGUGCCUCGCUGAACACAAUUUCUUAUGGCCUUGUAAUUGCUUGUGAAGCAUAUGUGUAUGUGUAUGUGUUUGUGUUCUCUAAAUGUAGUUUUCUAUUAUAUGGUUUUGUGUACUAAACUUCUUUGGUGGGUUUUAAUCUUAAAUUUAAGAAUGCAUGCAGUAAUUUCUUCC